AUGAAGGAUGGAGAUGAUUCGGACAGAAGUAAAGAAGUUCAAAGUCCCGACACGCUGGAUGACGGGAAGCAGCUACCGCAAGCAACUAAAGAUCCAGGAAGUUUUCUUAUCCCUUGCACUAUUAAUAAUGAAUAUUUUUCGAGUGCAUUAGCUGAUUUAGGGUUAAGUAUUAAUGUCAUGCCUAAUGCUAUUUAUCAGAAACUUACCCUUUGUUUGCUAAAACCCGCCAACAUGAGCAUUCGGUUAGCCAAUCAGACUUACCGACAACCCAAGUGGAUUGUCGAACGAGUCCAUGUUAGGGUUAAGGAUUUAGAAUUUUGGACUGAGUUUGUGGUGCUUGAUAUGACCAGUGAAGUAGUAACCCCUUCCUUCGCUGAUCUCAAAGAACAACAGAUCGCCAAAGACAAGAUAAACGAUGUGAUCAUCCAAACUAUGGAAGGCCUACUCAAAACUAGCAGGGAAUCCAUCGAGACCGAAAAAGAAAUGGGUCUGGAGGUGAAAAAGAGUUUGGAAGCAAAAAAUAAGAUAUAA